AGACCUUUUAACACCAUUUCUUAUAAUGUAGUCUUUGUGACAUUCUUUUUAGCUAAUUGAAUUUCUGAAGGGAAACGGCGGGAGAUGAGACGUAGCUAUGAAGUUCAAGGGUUUUCUAACAGACAAUGGAGUUUAUCUGCUUGAACGAAAAUUUGUCCCUGCAUUGGAGAAAAUUGGGAAGAACUGCCACCUGUACCUGACAAAAGACCAUGUAAUUUUUUUGCACAAUGUUCUCAAUGCGGAUGGUGUACAGGCUAUUGCUCAAUUCAAAAAGGAAGUCCUCUUUGAAGAUUACAGGAUUUCUAGUCAAAAUGACGAUCGAAUUGCAUUUACUGUGGACUUGUCUCUGCUACUCCGGGCUUUAAAAAGCAGUGUUAGCAUGGAUGGUGAAAAACUGCAGGUUAAGCUUGUGAAGAAACGUACAGUUGGAUCAGAAAGGCCCAUACCUUUCCUCACUUUGGAGAGCAUGGGUUAUAAGUCUGCAAUCAUUCAAGAUGUUCCCAUAUCAAACCCAUUGUCACGGGUAGAUGUUCAUGAAUUGCAGUCUGCCCUUGACAUGGCACAAGAGUUGCCACAAACAUUGGUUCAAGUUCCAGAUUUAGUGCAAUUGCAGUCUCUAAUUGAUCGCCUCAAGAAUGUUGGAGAGGUGCUUGAUGUUGCAAUUACUCAAUACGGAGAUUUUCAUUUGAAAGUUUCUACAACUUGUAUCACAAUUGGCUCCGACUAUAGAAGACUAAGAGUCGUUGGUGUUCGAGCAAAUGAUGCCUCAUCUUUGGAUGAAACUGUCAGCUCCUCAGCCCGAAUUGAAAGAGCAAUUCAAAGAGGAGAAGCUUCAUCUGUUCAAGUCAACAUUAAGCACUUUGCAAAGAGCAUACAGUGCCAUCUAGCAAGACCUGAUGCCGCUUUUUAUGGCAUAGCCACACAAGGAGCCUGCUUGACAGUAAUAUUUCAGUUCUUUGUUCCAGGAACUCGACAGACAGACAAUUCUAUAAGCUUGCAUUGUAGACUGCCUGUACUUGACCCAGGUUUCUGUUAAAAAAUCAACACUUAAAUUCAUAUUAGAGUAGGCUACCUACAUUACAUACCAUACUUUUUGGCUGGAAGCUAAUGAUUUGCCUGAAGGUUAUAAAAUUGUUACUUUUGACGGUCAGAAAAUAUAAAUUCUUUUCUGAACAUGUGCUCUGUAUUACCAAAGUUUUCAAGGAUACUGUAUUUCUUACAAAAUGGGUUACCAACAAAUUUGAUUUCUUUAGAAAAGUACUCUCCCCUUUGUCGGCAAGGAGUUGUCCUUUGUUAGAAAUACAUUUGAACUUGUUGGCAUUAGCUCCGAAUCUGACAAUAUUUUGCUCCAAUUCCAUCUUUCUAAUCUCUAA